AUGUGCAACAGCAGUUCUGCGUGAGGGAGAUGGAACAAUAACUGCGGGGGUCGUUUUGAACGCAGCUCACCUCAGUCGAAGGAGUUGCCCUCUCCAAACAGCAUCAAAUUUAUGAUCGCUGGAGAUUAGGAAGGUUUCCGAGCUAAACGUGAAAAGUGCUGCGCGUUUGGGUGAACGCGAAGCGAAAUGCAACCCUGGUGAACAGUUUGGGAAUAAAACUUCAAUCUUCGGGGAUCGCUCUGACUUGUGAUUAUCCACGGAUGGACCUGGCGGCUGUCGCCUGAGAUCGUCGUUGACAAUCGGCGGCGAGACCGACGCCGACGAGCAGGAUGGUGGAGCGGUCGGACCGAGCCCCUCUGCUGGACUGGGAGGAGAUCCCGUCCACGGAGAAACCCGCCGACGGAGCCCCGGCGGCGGCGUCUCCCGCCGAGGGGCGACAGUCGAGCCCCUCCGGCAGCCGCGGCACGGCGGGAUGCGCGGGGUUCGGGUGGAGCAGCGGACCCGAGGAUGCCGCUCCUCCCUGCAGGUCCGAAGCGGACGGCUGCAGCGCCCCGCCCGCGACCUCCGGCGCCCCGCCGGCGGCCCCGGAGCGACAGCUGCCGCCCGACAAGGAGGAGCGUCUCUCCGAUUCCGGGGCGAGGGAGGUGUCGCUGGAGGACAGGAUGGUGAAGUGGGAGGAAAAGGACCAGAUUGUGUCUGUCUUUGUAGUUACGUUUAACACAAGAACAGGGAACAUGCUGGAGUGGUGUCUGCCCAAAGACAUGGACCUAGAGGGAGUGGAGUUCAAAGCCAUCGCUAGCGGCUCCCACCGAGUCAGCACCGACUUCAUCUACUUCCGGAAAGGCCGCUACUUCGGCCUCGCCUGCUUCGCCAACAUGCCGGUGGAGAGCACGGAGGAGAGGGGGGCCAGGAUGAAGUCGGUGGGGAUCCUGUCUCCGUCCUACACCCUGCUCUACCGCUACAUGAGCUUCCUGGAGCACCAGGUCAGGCUCCAGCUUCAGUCCCCGGGCCACUAUUCCCCCUUGGAGGCCUUUUAUGAGGACAAGAGAGCGCUCCUGCCCCCCAGUGGACAGGAUGUUGUAACUGCAUUUCCAGCCAACGCAUGGGGGGCUGCGAUCAACCACAGCAUGCACCCUGAGAUGAAGAUCACCCAUCCAGCAGGCUGCAUGUCCCAGUUCAUCCGCUUCUUUGGGGAGCACAUCAUGGUGCUGUGGAAACUGGCUCUGCUUCGCAGGCGGAUCCUCAUCUUCUCUCCUCCGCCCGUGGGCGUGGUCUGCUACAGAGUGUACUGCUGCUGUUGCCUGGCCAACAUCUCCAUCCCCGGGGUCGGCGUGGCCGUGCCCGAGUUCCGGCCUUUCUUCUACGUUAACGUCGCCGACAUCAGCGCCCUGGAAAACGAGCUCUCCUACGUAGCAUGCACGACAGAGAAGAUCUUUGAGGAGAAGAAAGAUCUGUAUGAUGUGUACGUUGAUAAUCAGAAUGUGAAGACCUACAGAGACGGCCUGAAGCCUCUGCUCCGCCUCAGCGCCGCAGACAAGGAGAAGUAUCGCAAGCUCACAGAGCAAAGGCAGAUGUUGCUGUAUUCCCAGGAAGAAAAUGGUGACUGUGUUUCCAGUGAGGAGGAUCUUUUUAUUUUGUUUUUCCUGGAGCAGAACAACAGGAUUUUCCAGACCCUGAGCGAGGUGGCGGGGAGCCCGGACCCCACCGUCACCCAGGACAGCGUGAGGGCCAUGGGCCUGGAUCCUCAUGGAGACAGACUCUUCCUGCUCCACCUGCUGGAAAUCUAUGGCUACGACAGCCUGCUGGUUUCAGAACAGCUGUGCUGCAGCUGAGUGUUUUUUUUUUUGUGUUUUUUUAAAUCCAUCUCAUCACUGCUGGUUUUAAAAACAGGGGGCCUACCUGCCUGAGACUGCUGCACCGCUGGCUUUGGGACACCGUUGCAUCCGGCAGAAGGCGCCACGCUGUAAUGUUUUUGUCUACCGAUGGUCCGCUCCACGACGGCCAGAUUGUCUGAACCCAGCGGUACCAACAAGAACACGGGUCGGUUCUUGUGUUCGAUAUCAACACUGAGCCAUGUUUUCAUUUCUCAGUCGGUUUUAAAAACAUCUGACUGACGCAUGAAAACUGAACCGCACUUAUGUAUUACCCACAAGACGAAGCCAGCAAGUUUUAAAGAACGAGAGGUAACUAGAGGCGGGCCUGCUGUAAAUAAGGCUGACGUGUCCCUUUGUUCUGCGUGUCUGUUUGUGUGACAUCAGGGCUGAAUUUUUGCCAGUGUUGCACUUUGUGUACCAAGUGCUGGAAUUUUAAAUGGGACACUCUCUCUCCCCCCCCCUCCACACACACACACACACACUUCAAAUCAAGGCGUAAGGUCUUUCACCAACACGUCAAACUGCCUUCCACUUGGCGAAGUACGUCUGUAACAUCACCGCUGAAGUGACAUUUAGUGACACUACGUCUGUCAGAGGUGUUAAAGGCCCAGAGGCAAGUUGGCUGUAGAGAGUUCUUUUGUCGUCGCACUUUUAGACCGCAGGGAGUUCAGUGUCAGUGUUCAGUGUAAGAUCAAGUGUCCAUUUUUAUUGCAAUGUGAAAAAAAGUGAACAGUUUCAACGUAGCUGCGGAGAUUUAUAUGGAGGCUCUACAGCUCCCACCGGCUUCUAAUACAUGCGUUGCACCAUUGGGAUCUGUUCAGCUGUUCGGCCUCCAUGUUCCUCUGCUACUGUUAUUUAUUGUUGUCCGACGCAGACAUUUGCCGUUAGAGGUAACAGUUUAUUAUGCAUAAUUGACCUAAAAA